UCGGUGGGACGAGGGCCGGAUCCCGCGGGCACCGCCGGAGGAAGGGGCAGCCCGGCGGCCGGGGACCGUGCGCGGCGGGGCCACGCUUCCAGCACGCUGCUCGCACGGACACCGCCCCGCCGCGCCGAGUCCCAGAGGUGAAGCUGUCUGUGCUCUCCUGGGGACGAGGGGACAACCUGUUAGAAGCAGACGUGGUUCUGAUUUCCUCAGAAGAAGCACAAAAGGAGAUGUGCUGUUCUUUGAAAAUAACUGGAGCCACCAGCAAGAAGCAGCGACGCCGCACCGAACAAGGGAACCACUUCCAGGUUAUCCAAGCAUGCUGCUGAACUGACUUUUGCAGCUGCGUUUUCCAAUGUACCAUGGGAUGCAUCAAAUCCAAGGCUGCCUUCCAAGGUUCCAACGCCGUGCAGGAUGAGCGGAUCGGGGCAGGCGGCGAGGGCUGUGCCGGGGAGAAGUCGUCGCUGCUGGCGGUGCAGGCGGAGGAGAAGGGCCCCUCGAGCGCCGCCGUGCUGGACUACGCGCACCGGCUCUCCCGGGAGAUCCUGGAGCAGGCGGUCAAGCAGUGGGCGGUGACCGAGAGCAAGUACAGCGACAUCCCCUUCAUCGAGAGCGACGUGCCCUGAGCCUCUGCCAGCACAGCCCCUGCUGUCCCCUGGGCACCGCCGUGGGGAGGUGUCUGCAGGGAGAGCCUGAGAAAUCUGCCUUUCAGCCUAGAUUGCUAACAAACCACCUGGAUCGCAGUAGAACCUGUCCAUUGAGUGUCACUCCUUGUCAGCCGUGUGUUGAGUGUACUGUGUCUUCGUAUGUGUUGGAUGUGAGCAAAAUCAGCGUUAAAAGGAGGAUGAAAAGACUGUGGCUGCCCUGCGCCUCUGCAAGCACUGCCACAGAGGACAAAAUGUGGAUUAUUUCUGUGUUCUGCAUAAAAGAUCAGUGGUCUGUCUGUAGGUGAGAUGAACUCUCUGUGCUUGGUGAUUUGUCUGCGUUUUGCUAAAGUGAAAUCAAGGUGUGCAUGUAGCAAAGGUUACUGCUAUCAUAAAUUUUACUUUUGAUUCUGUGACCUAACCAAAUCUGUAAAAUCACAAAAUGAUGAAGGUGAUGGGAAGUGCUUUGCAAACCCCAGUAGUAUUUAGGGAGCCAUUUGAAUGAUGAUGCUCUUCACCUUCCAUUGAAGUGAACCAGUGAGAAACGUGCCAGUGUCGAUAAGCAGUGCAUUAUCAUUAACAGAUGCUUCUGUAAAUGCUUGAGAGCUUGUCUCUAAAACCCUGCAGUAAGAUAGGUUAAUGACAUCUGGUGCUGUGUUCAGACCAAAGCUGUUUGGUUUUUUGGUUUUGUUUGGGGUUUUUUUGUGUUAGGGUGCCAGUUUGGAAGGAUUUGGUUUUGUUGUUUUACUGUAGCCCAGAGAGAUGUGCAAACACUGCUGCUGGUAACCAGUGAAAGGAACCUUCAGAGGUGUGGCAGUGCUUUAGGACAGUUUGCUUCACGGCAGCUCUGCCUGCAUUACACUGCAAUUCCACUCUGUAGCACCACCCUUGGGAUAGGACACCUUCCUUCAGCUUCUGCAGGCUGCUGCUUCCCCAUGGGAAAACCUGUCCAUGGCAGUGCCAGCAGGAGCCACAGGAGCCCCAGCCCUGAGCAGUGCCCUGAGUGCAGAGCUGGGGACCAAGCCUCAGGCCCAAAGCUCAGGGGCUGCAUUUCUCCCCAGGGCAUCCCCACACAGCUCCCUGCUUGCCCAGGGCUCACAGCCUGAGCCACUGCACUCACAGUGCACCACACAUCAGGACACCGAUGGAUUGCUGCAUUCAUCCCAAAGGUACAAUGUUGCUGAUGUUUUAUACAAAGUGAAGGCCUUCUAACAGCUUGGCUUUUACCACUUGUUUGUUCCUUUCUCUGUGAUGCCCAGUAGAAAAGACAUAGUUAUUUUUCCUAGAUCAAAAUGUUUUCCAUUUUGUUUUCAUUUUAUAGAGAAAUGCUUUCCAUACUGGCUAAAGCUGUUACUAUUUUUACAAGGUACACAUAGUUCUAGUAAAUGAUCCAAAGCAUGAUUUUUCAAGCAAUGGGAAGCAAGCAGAAAGAGGACCAUGUCAAAUGCUGUAGAAAAACAGUCUAUGAUUUGAGCUGUUUUGCAAAUGUUGUGACAUAAACUUAGGUAUUUGAAAUUAACCUAUAUGGGGAAGUGGUUUUAUCAGGAAUGGAGGGAGAAAAAUGCUUCUCUGUGACACAGCACAAGGCUGCCAUUAAAUCCCAGGGACCAGACUGGAUUCCCAGUGACCUGCUAUUAAGGCUGUUCUCAGGCUUUUGCUGGAAAAGGGAACAAAAUCAGCUUAUGCUGUAAUGUCGUCCUCUUUGAAGUUACGUAGUUGUCUUCAAAGCCAUUUGCAAAGUGGGACUAAGGCUUUAUGGUUCACUUAAAUUCUCCUGAUAAGUGACACUCCUUCAAAUUCUACAGCACAUGUUUGAUCAUACUGUUUACUCUAAAAUACCUCCAUAUAUUAGUGGGAGUUAGAAAGCAAAGCCAAAACACAAAUCAAGUCAGUACAUAUCAAUUGGAUAUUGCUUAACCUCAGUAUUAAAAAAUAUUAAUAUUCUUAUUAGAGCUAAAAUAAAGCUUUAUUACAAAAAAUAAACAAAAGGGCCAAACUUUCUAACACGAGUGUGGGCUUGAGAAUGUGAACACUGCUAACCAUAGUAAAUAAAAUUAAAAAGCCAAAGCUGCACAGCCAUUGUUGGGCAGGCAGGUGAGGGGCAGGCAGAAAGCUGCACUCGCUGUCAGAGCACCCUGAGGUGGGUCUGCCCUGGCCCUUGUACAAGGCACUCACAGGCAGUGAGGUGCUGCAGUGCUUCCUGUUGCCACGUCUCAAAUCCUUCCUCUGUGUGUAGCCUUAGCACCUGCCACUCUUCAGGAACAUCAGAUGCCCUUUUGAGAGCAGCUCCCAGCUGGCAGGCUGCCACUGCACAGUCCAACAGCAGGCAGAGAGAGUUACAGCACAGCUGAGGUUCCACCAGAGCAUCCCCUGUGACCAUCACUCGGCAUUUCCCAGAGGAAGGGUCACCCAGGCACCCUGAACGUGCCCCUGGGAAUGCUGCCCUGCCCUGUGGGGUGGCUGCUGCCCUGCCUGCCCCACAGCUGCCCCCGGGGUGACUCAGCACCAGCUGCUUGGUGGCCCAGCCAGUCCCUCACCUGCAGCCACCAACCUCGGCCCUCGCUGGUGCCUGAAGAUUCCAGCAGCUCCAGAGUGGCCCAAGUGCAAUUCCAGCUGCUUUAGGAUGCUUUCCACGACACUGGCACUCCAAUUCCAGCUGCUUUAGGAUGCUUUCCACGACACUGGCACUCCAAUUCCAGCUGCUUUAGGAUGCUUUCCACGACACUGGCACUUCAGGGAAGGCACGCAGCAAAUGGAAAGCAAACAACAGGGAGACGGCUUCUCACCAGGAAAAUCAUCUCUUUUACAGGAUGCUGUCCUUAUAAAUAAUGCACUUACCCUUAAUAGAAAAUAAAUCUGUGCAGUGCUACAGUGUGGUAAGAGAUGGAGGGAGAUAACUCCCCAGAGCUCUGCUGUAUGUACAUUUAAUAGGCACAAUACUAAUACAUUGUAAAAAUAAAGACUUCUUCACCAAAAUAAAUUUAUGCUAAGCUGUGCUAGAGUUUUAUAGCCACUGACAGUGGGUUUCCAGCUAAGUUACCUUUGAUUCUUUGACUUCAUUUUGUGUAAUAAAGGCACUCCAGUUUGGGACUGGCAUACUCUGCAAAACUGUUUACUUCUAUUUAGGAGUUAAAAAUACAUUUGCUUUAUAUUUUCUCCAGGAAACAAGAUUAAUCUGAGUGGGUAUGAUGUGACUGACUUGAUAUGCUAAUAAUGGUUCAAAAAAUUAACUGCAGCACAACUUUGUACAGUUGACAUUUCCGGACUAAGGCACAUCAGUAUUCCCAAAUAAAACACACUAUAAUAUAUUUUUACAAUAUUUUUUGUGGAAAAUAUUUUCUUGUGGACCAAAUAAAAUUCAACUUACCAUCUG